CCAAUAAGAAGGUGCUAGCGGGAUUUUGCGAUGAUAUCGGUCGAUCUCCCCCCGUCUUUCACACCAUGGCGAGCGGAGAACUCAAAGACGAGAAACCUAGACGCCACCCAGAAUCAGGAUCUGUCAAGCAGGGCGAGAAUCUGCCUCAGAAGAUCGAUAAGGACUGGGAGAUUCUUAAUCAAGUAUCCAACCAGGGCGAGAAUAAGGACAUAAAGUUCUUCAUUGAAGAACGAGAACUCGUAGCGGUAGAAUCCAAAGAGAUAUACAAAUUCCACCUGGGACCAGGAGACAAGAAUCUAUCCCUGCAGAUCGAUAAGGACCUGUUGUUCCAUAUUCAAGGAGGAGAAGUAAGGGUGGUAGAUCUCAGAGAGAAAUUCAGGAUUCCCCUGGCUGAUGCCAGGCAGGGCGAGAAUCUGGCCCAGCAGAUCUGUAUUGACCAAGAGAUCCAUAUUCCAGGAGAACCAAUGAAUGAAGAACUCAAAGAGCAACCCAGUUGCCUUCUGGGAUCAGGACCCAGCAAGAGCGAGAUCAACAGGGUCCAGGAGAUCCAUAUUCCAGCUGGUGGUAGUGGUAAGAGUACAGAUGCUACUCCCGCGACAAGGUUUUAUCUGCCAGAUGCAUCAGAUGAUGAGAUGCCAUCUGACGGUCCGAUGCACUAGGUGGGAAAGGUAUAAAUGGCGUGAUCGGCCCCUUUGUUUUAGGGCCAGUUUGGUCUAGAUUAAUUAGUCCGUUCUGUCUGAAGCCGUGAAUGUAAAUUAAAUCAGUUUUUUGUCCUGUUAAUUAUUUCUACUGAUCUGUGCCAGAAGAAUUGUCGACUUUACAUUACCAUCGAGUGCAAACACUUGAUGAAAAUGAUCAAUUAGGCACUUAUACUUUAAAACGUGAGAAAUUUUCAGAAAACAACC